GAGCGACUUCGUUCGACUGUAUUGUAGAAAAAAAAAUUGCCUUCGCUCUAUUCUUAUUUUGCUCAUGUAAACAGAAAUUCGAUGUAAUUUCUAAAUGGUGUCCUGUAUUUAGCAUUUUGUGUUAUAGAUAUAGCUAUGAGUUCGAAAAAGGGUAAGAGAAAUUUAGGGAAUAAGCAUUUCCCGAUCGCGGAGUCUGUCAGCAUCGCACUGAAGAUCCAAUUGGAUAAGUUUCUUGCUGACGAGAAUGAGACGGAGCUGAAGUUUCCAACGUUCCUGUCUGCGCAGGAACGAGGCUUCAUCCAUGAGACCGUUGCUAAACUAGGGCUCAAGUCCAAAUCGCGCGGGAAAGGUGUGAACCGUUACUUAACAAUCUACAAGCGUGUUGGAUCUAGUAUUAUUCAGAAUGAUGCUAAGCUUAUUCUUGAUUCAAACAUGCGAUGCAGUAUUACAGAGCUAUUCAAUGCAUUUCCCAUCACUAGUAAGGAGAAAGACGAUCUGAGUUGUUGUCUGGAGAAGGAGCGGAGUCCUCAACUUGCUCAUAAGACCCUGGGACAGCUAAACAAUGGAGUGGCCCAGGUGCCCAAUACAACUUACAACCCUGACCUGGUGAAGUUCCGGGAGAAACUGCCUGUGUAUGAACAGAGACAGGAGUUGAUCAAUGCUAUCAAUCACAAUCAGGUGAUCAUAGUGGCUGGCGCGACGGGGUGCGGCAAGACGACGCAGCUGCCGCAGCUGGUGCUGGAGCAUUGUCAGGAGCGGCGCCAGCCCGCGCGGCUCUACUGCACGCAGCCCCGCCGCAUCUCCGCUGUCUCCGUCGCUGAGAGGGUGGCGUUUGAGCGCAUGGAGAAGAUCGGGCAGUCAGUCGGCUACCAGAUCCGCCUGGAGUCGCGCGUGUCCCCGCGGACCGUGCUCACGUACUGCACCAACGGGGUGCUGCUAAGGACGCUCAUGGCGGGAGACUCCUCGCUAACCGGCGUUACCCACAUUUUCGUGGAUGAGGUCCACGAGCGCGACAAGUUCAGCGACUUCCUGCUGAUAGCGUUGCGGGACGCCCUGCCUCGCUGCAAGGACCUCAAGCUUAUACUCAUGAGUGCUACGUGCGACACGCAGAUUUUCUCCAGGUACUUCAAUAAUUGCCCCGUACUGCGUAUACCGGGGCGACUGCACGAGGUACAACGAUACUACCUGGAGGACGUCCUGAAGAUGACCAGGUACCGCACCAAGCGGAUGCAGCUCGCCGAGACCGAGCUCAGGGCCAAGCUGCACACCAAAAACAGCUACUGGAGCCAUCUUGAAGGACAGAAGGCAGCCGAAGAGAGUGCAAGCACCAGCUCGAAAGAGAGUAAAGAAGAGAAGGACAGAGAUAAUGCUCCUCUCAUGGAGCCCGCCAUGCAGGCAGACAUGGAUGAGUUCCUGGAGGAGUGCUUCAAGGAGGGCAGCCUUGACUCGUUCUGCCAGAUCCUGUACAUGUUCCUGUCGGAGGGCGCCCCGGUGGACGCGGCGGUGUCCGCCAGCGGCCGCACGGGGCUCAUGGCGGCCGCCGCGCACGGCCUCACCGAGACCGCGCAGCAGAUACUACAAAUCGGCGCGGACCCUACAAUAAAGGACAAGAACGGCAAGACAGCUUACGACUACGCUACGGACAACGGACACACGGAAUGCGCCAAGUUACUCUCCACUUAUAACCACGCUGAAGAAACGAAGGACCAAACUGAGGAAGAAAACGCAGCUGAUAACUUCCUUCUAGACGUCUAUCAUCACACAGUGUCAGAAGAACUAAUAGACCACGACCUAAUGCUCGCUUUGAUCAAACAUAUCCACAUCAACCUACCCAAGGGAUCCAUACUGAUCUUCCUUCCAGGAUACGACGACAUUGUGACUUUAAGAGAUUUAAUCCAAGGCUGUGCUGAAAUGAACGCGAUGAAAUAUCAGAUAUUUACGUUACACAGUAAUAUGCAAACGUUAGACCAGAAGAAGGUGUUCAACCCUUUGCCGAACGCUCGGAAAAUUAUAAUUUCGACCAAUAUCGCUGAGACAUCUAUAACCAUAGAUGAUGUGGUGUACGUAGUGGAUUCUUGUAAAGUGAAGGAGAAGUAUUACGAGUCGAAUGGUGGCGUGUGCUCGCUGCAGUGCGUGUGGACGUCCCGCGCCUGCUGCCAGCAGCGCGCAGGCCGCGCCGGCCGCACCAAGCCCGGCCACUGCUUCCACAUGUGCUCCAAGCGAAGGUUCAACACCCUCCCCCUCAACUCCGUGCCUGAAAUCCUCCGCGUCCCCUUGCAAGAGCUGUGCCUCCAUACUAAACUCCUAGCCCCCGGAAACACCCCCAUAGCAGACUUCCUAUCCAAAGCUCUUGAGCCACCAUCGUUCCUCGCUGUCCGAAACGCUGUAGCCUUACUCAAGACUAUAGGAGCUUUAACCCCGAUGGAGGAUUUAACAGAAAUCGGUCAGCACCUCCUGGAUUUGACAGUCGAACCGAAAUUAGGGAAGAUGUUACUUUACGCGUGUGUGAUGAAGUGUUUAGAUCCAAUUCUGACGAUAGUCUGCAGUCUCGCGAAUAAGGAGCCCUUUCAGAUCUCAAUGAACCCGGAAAAUAGGAAGAAGGGUAGUACGGCGAGGAAGGAAUUCUCAGCGGAGAGUUACUCUGACCACAUGGCGCUGCUGCGCGCGUUCCAGGCGUGGCAGACGGCGCGCGCCAACGGGACGGAACGAGCCUUCUGCUCCAAGAACCUCAUCUGCGGCGCUACCAUGGAGAUGAUCGUCGGAUACCGAUCACAGCUGCUCGCCCAACUCCGUGCGCUAUGCCUAGUUAAAGCACGAGGCUCGGGAGACAUCAAAGAUGUGAACUUGAACUCCGAAAAGUGGCAUGUGGUGAAAUCUGUGUUAGUAGCCGGUUUGUACCCGUCAAUAGCUCGAGUAGACCGAGACUCUUCGACUUUAAGGACUUCUAAAGAGGUAAAGGUGGCGUUCCACCCGAGCUCGACGUUGAACCGCGGCGGCGGAUUCGCGGCGUCACAGAAAUCCAUACAAACUUUACCGACAGACUGGGUUGUCUUUGAAGAGAUCUCGCGAGCGGGCCGGUUCUGCUUCGUGAGGUGUAACACGUUAGUUACUCCGCUAACGGUAGCCCUAUUUGGGGGGCCUUUGAGGUUGCCUCCAGGGGCUUUGACCCAGCGGGCCAACCCGCCAGGGUUAUCCAGUGACUCGGACAGUGAAGCGGAUGAGAACAACUCAUCGCCUGAUACUGCAGUGCUGACGCUAGAUGACUGGAUGGCGUUCACAGCCGACGCUUCAGACGCUAUUAGUGUCUACUACUUGCGACAAAAGCUCUGCGCUCUGGUCAUCAGAAGAAUGUCCAACCCAGCCAAGCCGAUGACUCCAUUAGACGAACAGAUUCUAAGCACCGUCGUGCACGUGUUAGGAUCGGAAGAAAAGAACGUAGGUUUGAACCAACCCAGUGGAAUAGGGCAAAGACCGAAACCGUUAACAGUAGAUUCUCCGAAUUGGAGGAUGCGCGUGGAGGACGAGCAGUAUAGACAUGACAAUAAAUUCUACCCGCAAUAUCAGAACCAUAGUCAGCAACAGAUGGAGUUUGGGAACAAUUCAUAUCAGAACCAGCAGCAGUUUUACAGGAACGGGCAACGACCGGGGUGGAGGAACGACCAGAUGCCCCAAGGGUUCAGCCCUCAGUCAUACAGCGGCCCUAAAAGCCCGAUAUCUCCAAACGGGAAGACUUUGCUGGCGAAUAUAGAGAAGUACGCGGAGAACAAUGAGAAUAACGCGCGGUACUUCGUGGCGAAGGCGGACGAUCUUCACGCAGUUGAGGCCGCUCAGAGCAGCGGCACGUUCCCCUUCUCACAGAACACCGCCAAGAAAAUACAGAAAGCUAAACAGGAGGGUCACCGCGUGGUGGUGUUCUUCUCCUGCGGCGCGCUGGCCAAGUUCGUGGGCUGCGCCAGCGUCGUGGACGCCGCCGGCACCCUGGAGUGGCUGCACACCACUCACGUCCCUUACCACAUGCUCAGGCACGUGUCCAACGCGCUGUGCGGCGGCACGCGCGCGGCGGCGGCCCGCGACGGCGGCGAGCUGUGCGCCGGCGCCGCGCGCCAGCUGGCGCACGCGCAUGCGCACGCGCCGCCGCGCCGGCGCCACGCGCGCGCCAUACACAAGCACGCCGCGCACUAG